CUGGCUCUCACAAAAAAAAAUUCUUCGAACAUACACUUACUUGACACCCAUUGAUCCACUUGUUGCUAUUCUUCCAUCCCAUAAAGAACCAGACAUACGGCUGUACAAUGACAUUCCUCGCGCAUCUGAUCGUCAAAAAGGUUAUCGGUGCUGGGUUGGAGGCAAAAGAAGCCAUCGACACAGGGGAAUCAUUUGAAGAUGUGCACGCAAGACACAAGGCAGAGAAGCAGAUGAAAAAGAUCAAGAGAGAUAUCAAAAAGAACGAACACGAUAUUGCAAAGGCCAAAAGAGAACACAAGGCGAAGGACGUGUACGAGAAGACUGCAGAACUUGAAGGACUCAAGGAAGAAUUGGCAAUGUAUGAGGCCGACUUUGCCCCAACGAAUGAGCAGACACAAGCGACUCCUGUCCUUGCCCCAAUGUAUGAGGCCGACUUUGCCCCAACGAAUGAGCAGACACAAGCGACCCCUGCCCCUGCCCAAACGCAUACACAGACACAAGCGGCCCCUGUCCCUGCCCACCAAGCCGCCAAUCAUAACUUUAAGUUCUGCACUGAGUGUGGUGUGAAAAACACUAGAGAGGCGCAUUUUUGCCAGGACUGUGGCCAUCGCUUCUCCUAAUGGUCGUCCUCUCAGGUUUCAAGUCACCGCCUUUCAUUAAUGGGGACCAAAUUGAGCGCCUGAAACUCUUUCGUUUCACGCGCGCGCAAGUCUUAGUGAAUGUAACUUACGUAGUACUUCCAUGCAUAGCACAUCCAU